CUGCUCCUUGGUAGCAGUGUAUUGGCUGCACUAUCACGACGUUGGCAGCUGGGCUUUGCUCUUUGCAAGAUCCGUUCUGAUUCUCCCUGCGUUCAGUGUAGCUAGCCUUUUUAUCUGUGGGUUCUAUUAAUUCAAGGGGAAUUUGAAAGCAGCUGAAGGGGGGAAAAAAUAUGACCGGGGAAGAAAUCAAAGAGCCUGAGGAGCAACAACAGCAAGAACCACCACCGCCACAACCACAAGCACAGCCACAGCAGCCUAAAGAAGAGAGCAAGGAACCGGCGCCAGAGGUUUCCUACAAAGCCGUGGUGCUCACGGGGGCCGGGGGUUAUGAUAAAGUGAAGGUAGAAGUCAGGAAGGGUGUCCCGGUGCUGAAAGCAGGUGAAAUCCUGGUGCGAGUGCACGCUUGUGGCUUGAAUUUCACCGACCUGUUGGUCAGGCAGGGGGUGAUCAGCAAACACACUUGCCUGGGCACUGAAUGUGCGGGUGUGGUGGAGGCACUCGGGGACGACGUGACCGAUAGGAAGGUUGGUGACAAGGUAAUUGUGCUAAAUCUGGAUGGAGGACUUUGGGCAGAGCUGGUGGCGACCACAGUCACCCGUACAUUCUUGAUGCCUGAAGGGAUGAGCUUUCAAGAUGCUGCUGCUCUCUCGAUCAAUUACUUGGUCGCAUACAUGAUGAUCUACGACUUCGCAAAUUUGCGUCCAAAUCAGAAAAUUCUCAUCCAUAUGGCAGCUGGUGGUGUAGGAAUUGCUGCAACACAGCUGUGCAAACUAGUUAAAGACGUGACCAUCUUUGGGACUGCCUCCGCCUCCAAACAUGAAACGAUCAAAGAGAAUGGCGUGUCUCACCCAAUUGACUACAACACCCUGGAUUAUGCUGAAGAAGUUCGCAAGAUUGCCCCCAAAGGUGUUGACAUUGUCUUGGAUCCCCUGGGAGGAGCUGACAACACUAAAGGCUUUGGUUUGCUGAAACCAUUGGGAAAACUUGUCCUGUAUGGUUCUUCGAAUAUACUGACCGCACCAAAGCGGAGCACGCUAGCUGCCGCAAAGAUCUGGUGGCACAAGCUCACUAUUGAUGCCUUCCAGCUAAUAAACAGCAACAAAGCUGUGUGCGGAUUUCAACUCAAAAACGCAGACCCUGACCAGAUUGCAGACGUCUUUGGCAAGCUGAUUUCACUGUACAGUGAAGGGAAAAUCAAACCUAAAGUGGACUCUGUAUGGUCAUUCGAGCAGAUUGGUGAUGCAAUGAGGCAUAUGCAAGAGCACAAGAACAUUGGAAAAAUCCUUCUGGUCCCUGAAGUCAAGACAACCGAUGCCACAGCAACUGAAAAUUAAGCGUUUACUUAAAAGGCAGGGAUAACCUCAUGAAUUAGCUAAAACUCCUAACCUUUUCUGACCUGAAGAUAUACCUGAUAGUUUGAGGGUUGAAGUAGGGAUGUGACUCCUGACUGAAUCACCCUUGUAUCAGACUCGUUAACAAAUUGUUGUUUGUGUCAAUGUCGCAAUGGGUUUUAUUUUCUACGACUUAACUUUGUGUUUUACCUUCAUAUUUUACCACCGUCCCACCCCCAAGUUCUGUCAAACUUGUUAAGAGCACAGAACAUUGACUUGCAGUAAUUUUUCCUCUUUUCCUCAGAUCACUGCUCUGAAUAGCCCUCUGUCUUAAGAUGCAGACCAAAGCUCCAUGAGGUAACUGAACAGCUCUGGCUACCAAUGUCCUUGCUCUAGAGGCAAGGGCUUGUCACUUGCCCUGGGCAACAUGCAUUGGCUAAAAGUGCUUCAAGCCACUAUAUAGGUGGGCUUGCACCAAACAGCUGUUCUAGGUCAUGGUGGAUUUGAUUAUAUUAAGUUCAGUGACCACACCUUCCCAAAGUUUCCAAAAGUUAUGCAAAAUGAGAUGGUGAUUCUCUAAAACCCUGAUGGUACUGAUUGGUUCUCAACAUGUACUUUGAAACCAUGGGGUUAAGAAUUCUUUUGAAGGUGCCAAAUGAUGACAUAAAAUUGUAUUAGGAUUGUGCCAAAUAUUUGGCCAGUUGAUUUGGCUUGACAAGUAAAUGUUGAAUAGCAAAACGUGGGUAACAUUAGGUUUCUGCACCAAUACCAUCAUGGGGCGGGGGAAGUGCUAAGCACUCAGUUCUACACAAGUUGCUUUCUCCUUGGGUUGAAUAGUGGUUUACACUGGAAGCUGUUUGAGCUUCAAUUGUAACUUGCAGAAAUGCUUCUGCCUUUUGUAAAAGAAUAGCACCGAGCCCCAUUCUGAACAAGGUGAAGCCAACUCCUGCUUGAUGGCAUGUGUUUCAUCCUAUGGUUCAGUCAUAGAAUGGUUAAGUCAUAGAAUUAUGCCACUUUCCCCGCCCCCAAAAUACAUUGCCUUUUGGCAAGUUUAUAUCUUGGUAGAAACUAGGAACUACAAAUGCUCGUUUUUCAAAAAAAGACACCAUGCUGGAGUAACCCAGCAGGUUGGGUAGCAUCCCUGGUGAACAUGGAUCGGUGACAUUUUGGAUUGGAACCCUUCUUCAAAGUCCAGCCACAAUGUCACAGAUUCAUGUUCUCCAGAGAUGCUACGGAUCUGCCGAGUUAGUCCGGCCCUGUAUAUUUUAGUGUUUGGUCUAACCUGUUUGGAAUAACAUCCAGUCUUUGUGUUUCAUUUGGUGCAAAGGAUGUUAGUCUGCUACUGUGUUCAAAGGUGCUGUCUGAUGUAUGCAGAUACAACUGAACUAGCUGGGUUUCUGGGCUCCAGUUAAGUGUGGCAUCUGCAUAAAGCAGAUUCUAUUCCAUCUGCUGAUUGGAAAAUCAUUAAAAACUAAUAUUCUUUUUUUUUUUCCAAUGUAAGGUGCAUGGUGGGGGGGUGGGGGAUGAAAAACACUAAUCUAAUUCCGCAUUUGCAUUAUGAGCUUCACUGCCCAAAUUUAUGAUGUGUCCCCUCCUGGGCUAAAUUGCUUCUGGGGUGGUCUGACCACAUUCACAUUUAACCAUCGCUUCCUCAGGAGAAAGUAAUCUAUUUUGAAGCCAAAUACAAAUCUGCUGCAUAAUCCAAGGAUGGACUUUAUCAGGUUGAUGACAUAAUACAGAGCUUAAUCAUUUGGUUUGAGCCACUAAAAUUAACUUGAAUUACUUGAUUUAAAACACAUUUGUUCAGCUGGCAACAUGAAAGUUUGAGCUCAAUCCAGCUGCCUCGCAAGUGAAGGAGAUUGGUGGUGGCACCAGCAGCAUUUGCCUUGCUUUAAUGAUUCAGAACUUUAUUCCAGCACUAAACCCAAUAACUGUGUCCUCCAUGCAUAGAUGGCUUCUGGAUACUUUUAUGCCCCAUCUGAAUAAGGCUGGAAGCCAAAUCACACCAUCUCUGAUUUUACUCAAAUGUAUUUAGGUCAGCACAAUCGUGCAGCGGUAGAAUUGCUGCCUUAAGGUGCCAGACACACUGGUUCGAUCAUGACUUUGGAUGCUGUCUGUACGGAGUUGGCACGUUCUCCCCAUGACUGCCAGGGUUUUCUCUGAGUGCUCCGGUUUCCUCCCACACUCCAAAGAGGUACAGAUUGGUAGGUUAUUUGGCUUCUGUAAAAAUUGCAAAUUGUCCCUAGUGUGUAAGAUACUGCUAGUGUACGGGUAUCGCUGGUCAGCGGGGACUAGGUUGGCCGAAGAGCCUGUUUCCGUGCUAUAUCUCCUAAGUCUAAAGUAUUCGAUUCUGCAAAGGACACUUGUCUCUUGUCUUGGUGACCAGGUCUGUUUUUGCCCUUUUUGUUGCCUAAAGCUUCCGGUAUUCUUAAUGUUUCUAUUUUCAUUGAAGGUGCCAUAUAACUGGGGAGCAAAUCGGUGGUAGCUCCGCCUCAAGGCAUUGUUACCAGACAAACCAAUAUAUAAAUUCCAGUGCUUUCAAUUCUACUCUUAUCUUUCCCCUUGCGUAAUUCUGCUAAUGGUUUUCAAACUCCAAGAUGAAAACCUCUUAAAACCAAUGCAAGUGCUAUUUAAUGCAAUGUCAUAGUUUUAGCCUCUUGUUCAUCGGGGCCCACCUCUUGAAGUGGUUUAGUUCUACUAUUCUUUUUAACUUUUUAGAAACCGUGUUACUUGGCUUCAAUAUGGAUUCCUCCCUCGUCUAAAAAGCACAAUGUCUGGACUCCCAAGUAUAAUAACCUUUAUCUUCAGUUCAUGGGCUAAUGGAUACAUGAUUGGAUAUGGGGAUCAGUAUAAGAGAGCAAGUGUGACACCUGGACUCCAAUCUGAUCGGGUCACAGCACUGAAUAUUUUUGAACCAGUUAAUUAAGUUUUUUUCUCUCGGAACCUGGUGCCUACUAAACCCAAAUGCCUAUUGUUAGCAUUUUUUUUUGUCAAUUUAAAUCGACAGAAGGAGGCCUUUUGCAUGGAAUUCUGCCAAUUCCAAUAGUUGAUUAAAGAUGUGCUUAAGAUGUCUGCUAUAUUUUGUGCAUUAUGGUGACCAAACGUCAAGUACAACAGUUCAAAGGGUUAAUUUUUUUUUUUAAAAAGCCAUUAAGUGUUCUAUAUAUUUUUUUGACGUUAACUUUGACCUCAGUGCUGUUCCUGUUUAGUGUUUUGGAUGGAGGGGAAGGUAGCAGUGCUUCAAUGUCUGCAGCCCCACCACACACCUCAGUGGUGUCCUUUAUUGGAAGGAGGAGGAACAGUAGUUCUUUGCAUAAUGUGUUGUGCUGGACUGGUCGCUGUGAACUUAUUUUAACCCUUUUUAAUUAUGUGACAUUAAUGGAAUGCAUCUAUUUCAAGUUUCUUUGAAAUAUCAUAGAACAUAAUGGUUUAUCCUGUGAUUUUUGUAUUAUUAAACAUGAUGCGGAAGGAAAAUGUUCAAGGUCUUCAAUCUUGCAGAAAUAAGUGGGUGCCAAAGAGCUGAAAUCUCAUUACCCAGGUGGGCCGGCUAUUAUUUGCCUUGUGUAUCAAGUCUGACUUGACUCGUGUACAUUGGCCAAACAGGAAUCUUGGUUUGCUGUCUUACAGAGCAAAAGGCAAUUGAAUUACUGCACCUAGCCUGCAAAUUACCCAUUUUCAUGUAAUGUGCGUAAUUCUACUGUUCAAAUCUCCAUUUUAAUUGAUCUCUGACCGAACCUUCCAACAUUUUCUGUCCAAUUCCACCAUCCUGCUUCAUCGCUUUAGAGUUGCUUGGUUGAGAACUAUUCCAUCUUUUGGAUACGCAAGGAACCGCAGAUGCUGGAAUCUUGAGCAAAGUACUGGAGGAGUUCAGCAUAUCAGGCAGCAUCUGCAGAGAAAAUGGAUGUUCUCUCAGACAUUCCAUGCCCGUUCCCUCCGCAGAUGCUGCCUGACCUGUUGAGUUCCUCCAGCACUUUGCUUCAGUUCACCGUUUUGGAUGAACUUGCAAUGAACAUCCAAUGGAAAAAAUUACACUUGAUGCUCUAAUCUGGUUUACUGUUGGUAUAGAUUUUUCUUCCAAUUGCAUCCAAGCUAAGUAGCUUUAGGUGGAGAGGGGGUGUGUAUGAUUGACUUUGUCAUGGGUUAUAGAAAGGAUAGUCGGCCAAGAUUCCUGCUACUGUGCUAGAAACUGACUGGGCUGCAGGCCUUCAUGCAGUUAGUUUCACUUCCCAAUUCCAACCCUGCCCCAAGGAUAUGGAAGCAAACAGAAACAGAAUUAAAACUGGAUGGAUUUGGCAUCUUUUCAUCUGUCCGCCAAACUGGUAUUCGAAAAUUCACACAAUACACACUGCCUUACUCCAAACUGAGCCUGAGCAAGUGCUCUCGUGUCUUCGAGCUUAGAAAAUGUGCCAAUAUGACUUAAGUCAAGGGACCAAUGGUUCUGACUAUGACUGGAAUGAAAUGUAAUUUAGUUUAUCCAGUUAAAUGGUUGAUGUCCAAGAAAUGAAUUGAAAGAUAUUUCAAUAAAACUGUCUGGAUUUAAAAGGGUUAAGUCGGCCUUAAUGUGGUUUAUUGUGUAAAACCUUCCUGUGAUUCAGUUGCAAAUCCUUUCAUUUUGGUGUUGACAUAUGCACUGCGGCUACCGAUGGUCUUCGGAUAAUUCAACAUAAAUUGAUUUCACAAUUGCUCCAGAUAAUUGCAGUUGAGCACUUGCCUGGCAACAAUUAUUUUUUGAGGUAGGGAGCUUGAACCGGAAAUCAAGGCAUGCUUUCUCGAUUUAGGGACAUUGAGGAGCUCCCACUUGAAGAUGUGUCGAGGAAAAACGUUGUUUCCAGCCAGUCUUUUCAACAUCGAUUAGCUUCAAUGAGUUUUUAAUGUAUUUUGUCGCUAAACUUGACGCCAACAAUCAGGCGUGAAGGUUGCCUGUUGGCCCCAUUGGCACCUGGCCAGAUAAGGUGCCACUUUAGUAUGAAGCUCUGUGGGUUGAGAUGACUGUCGGAACAGUUGCUCUUCCAGGGCAGCACAGUGGUGCAGCAAGAGUUGCCUGUACUGAGUUUUUAAUGUUUUCUCUAGGAUCUCUGGAUUCCACCCUCACUCCAAAGAUGUUCAGGCUUGUAGGUUAAUUGGCUUGGUAUAAUUGUAAAUUGUCCCUAGCAUGUGCAGAACAAGCGUUAGUGUGCGGGAAUCGCUGGCCCAUGCGGACUCGGUGGGCCGAAGCGCCUGUUUCCACACUAUCUCUAAACUAAACUUAUAAAGCACUUGUGGGACAAUGUUUAGGUUCCAGCAGAAGUAGAUAUUGGGUGUAACAAUUGCCUUGUAACAUUCGGUAUAAAGACUGAGGUCCCAGGUCCGGCCAUUUUGCUGGAUAUGUUUAGCCAGGGUUACAAUAAGACUAUUAUUGGAACAGUGAUGGAUGUGACUUGUUGCCAAGUGCAGCAGCAGAAUGUAGCUCCAAGCAACGGUUGACUGUUUAGGAUGCAGGUGGGUUUCUGUCCUGGAGAGCUCAGUGCUUGGAAUUGCUAAACAUUGGCGGUCUGCGUCUUGUAACUGUGAAGCUGUCAGUUGUAUUCUGAUGAUUUUCUUUUUCUUUUGUGGAAUUACCGUGGUGCUCUAUUGAACUUCUGCCAUGCAGACUAUUAGCUUUAAUGUGCAGCGGCAAGUAACUGAAAUCUGCCCCUGGCUCCUGCUAGGAGUUGCCAGACGUGGGGUGGCAGCAAAGCAUAAUGCACCCGCUCUGGCCAGGGAAUUUGCUGCCAAGGUGAGUCCUGAUUUGAGUCGGCUGCCUAGGAAGGCACUGUUCCUUUUGAUCCAUGCUUGGCAUGGCAGUGAAUGCAUGUCAGUCAGUCCCACAUGUUGAGAGACGUGCAAAAGGCCAUGCAGAACUAUGGCCUGCUGCCUGACAUCUUUGAUGCUGAAGUAUUCUUUCCACUUGCCAAACGGUCUUUGCUUUCAGGAAAAUGUCAGCACAGUGGUGCAGAUGGUCGAGAUGCUGCCUCACAGCGCCAGAGACCUGGAUUCGAUCCUGACCUCGGGUGCCGUUCAUGCAGUCUACACGUUCUCCCUGUGGCCUUGCGUAUUUUUCACCCAGUGCUCUGGUUUCCUCUUGCAUCCCGCAAACUUGCAGGUGAAUUGGUCUUUGUAAAUUGCCCCUCGUUUGUAGUGAGCCAAUGAGAAAGUGGCGAUAACAUGGAACUAGUAUGGACUCGGUGGGCCGAAUGGCUUGUUUCCAUGCUAUAUCUUUGAACAAAAAUAAAUAACACGUAUCCCUUGUUUGAUGAUUGCUGUCAGGUGUGACAGUUCCAGGAUGCAUUCCUUGGUAGCUCACCUUCCCCCUGCUACUGCUGCAUGCAAACCUGAUGCUUGACAAUUGGAGAAGUGGAGAUCAAGUGGAGAUAGUGUGUUGUGAUUAAACCAGCUUGAAAGGGUAGCCGUUUAACAGUACCUGUACCACCUAAUUGGCAGUGGCAUUGGAAAUUUCACUAGUGAAUUGUGGUACAGUUGUGUUGCAGUCCAUUCACCCUUCCUUGAGUGACCACUUGGCACUAUCUUGCAGAGCAUUUUGUAAAAAAAAAACAAGGAACUCCAAAUGCUUGUUUACAAAAUAAAAUGACAAAGUGCUGGAGUAAGUCGGUGGGCCCAGGUAGCAUCCCUGGAGAACGUGGAUAGGUGAUGUUCUAUUUGGGUCAGGACCACUUCAGAUGAAGGAGAACUGAAGAAGGGUCCUGACCCAAAACAUCACCAAUCCCUGUUCUCCAGAGAUGCUGCCUGGCCCACUGACUUACUCCAGCGCUGUCCUUUUAAGAAACCAUUUUGUUUCCUUUUAGAAACUGUCAGGAGCAACAGUAGUAACUCAAUACAUAAAAUCAUCCUCUCGGUUGAAUUGAUAGCAUUUACAUUCCCCAGAGAACGUACAACGGAUUCAAGAGCUAAUGCUGAAUCUAGAUUUAAAAUACUUUUACCUAAUAUCAUAUGCUGGCAUCAAACCUACAAUUCAACAGAUAAACUUUGAUAUUUUUUAAUUAAAUUGGAUAAUAAAAUCUAACGUUAUUUUCCAUGUGUGAAAUGGUAAAUUUGUUCAAUGCAACAUGUCAAGUGCUGCUGGGAAUCUCUGUCUGCUGCUGCUUGUAUAUUAAGACAUCAUCCAGAAUUGCCACAAGGAUCUUGCAACUGUAAAUCCAUUGAAGGCAAGAACUGUCCCUUUUAUAAUAAUGGACAGUGGGGUGGGGGGUUGGGGAGGGAGAGGAACAGGUCAAUUAUUAUCUGUGCUUGGUUUAUUUGGUGUUUUAAUCCCAUCAAAAGCUGCUUUUGUAAAUGUGAAGCAGUUGCUAUUUAGAUGGAUUCUACAAUGAAAUGUAAUGCUGUUUAUGCCAGGUAUUACCAUAUGCCUUAAAUGUUUAAUAAAAUGCAUACUGAUGACUCCA